AUACACAUUAACCACAACACAAUGACCUCCGUAUCCAACGUAUACUAUGUGUUGUAUUAGUGUCGACAAAAACAAAACACAUUUCACUCUCACCUCAAAUCACGUCUAAAUCCGCACCCAAUUAGCCGCCAAAACACGUGACAUCUUAUAGUGGACAGGGAUGGCGAUGUCAAAGGGCACCAGUCAUUACAACCACCAGGCGUGGGAGGACGGACAGUUUCCCAUACUGUGCCAGACGUGUCUCGGUGACAACCCCUACAUGCGGAUCAUGACCGAGAAGUUCGGGGCGCAGUGCAAGGUCUGCAACCGUCCCUUCACGACCUUCCGCUGGUGU